AUGUCGGAGGGCAGUUUGAUCGGGGACUCCGUCAGUUUGACACCUGCACACGAUGCAGAUGCCGGCGCCAACAGCAUUGUUCGGUAUGAAAUGACGCCUCAGCUUCCUGAGUUCGACUUGGACUGGGGAGGACGAAAAUUCUCGUCCUCUGAAACCGACUUUGAAGAGACGUCGAAGAUGAUAGCAAGCAUGGAAGGCUCGCCGUCAAGUCGAUCGGCCGGUGGUAGCACUACACACGCAAGCCUCUCCUCAUUUAUCUAUCAACCAUCCAUGUCUGGAGUUUCCAUGGCAGCAGCAGCUGCUGCAGCUACAGCUCGUAAUGAACUGCGCCUCGUGAUACGCCAGCAAUUGGAUCGUGAGAAGGUACCCAUUUACCUGUUCACCUUGACUGCUUUUGAUGGCGGAAACCCACCCAGGAAUGGAUCAGUGCAAGUGCGUGUUGUGGUGACGGAUGAAAAUGACAAUGCGCCCAAGUUCGACUUGGAGAAGUAUUCCGUAAAACUAAAAGAAAAUGCCAAACUCUACUCUAACGUGGUACAGGUGGGUAGUUUUGAGAAUUAUUACUUUUUAAACAACGAAAAAAAGGGUUUGCGAAGUGUAAGUAAUUAG